AUAGUCAUCAUUGACAAGUCAGGAGUUCAUCGCCUCAAGGUUCAAUGUUGUGAUUGUCCAAAUGCCAUGAGUCCAGACAUUCAAAUGUUUCGACAUGGAUUGUUCCCUACAUCAUUUAACAAGCCCAAGACUUUGUUCACCUUCAGGGUGCUUGAUGAUUUUCUAUUGGACAACCUUGAAUGCAGCACCUUAGUGAUGAACUAUUAUAGCAAGCUUCAGCAAAUGACCUUGAGCAUGUUUCCACACCUUGGUCCAGUAAUGCUAUAUCUCCAUCAUUUCAAGGAUAUUAUAUUGACAAAGCAUUGGAGGCAGUUGAAGGCCAUGAAAUGGCAUGGAUUUGGCCAUCAUUCUGACAACCUGAAUGCAGGAGAUCUCACAUUGUUUUGCCCCACAUGUCCUUAG